UAUGCAAAUUUAUCCGGCGUUUCAGUUUACACCAUCAAGUGCCGAGUGGAGCGAAAAGACGGCUCGAAAUAACUAGGUUUGCUGAAUUCAAUCGCAAUGGUUCCAAUAUUGACCUGACAGAAUUAAUCGGGCAAGGCUUUGGAUAUAAGCUUUUAGAUCUGUCAAUAGGAAAGGUUGAAAUCUCUUUGGUGGUCUGACGACGGUCUUUUCACACUUCCUUCCUACGCGUACGGGUUCGUCUUUCUUCCCGUACGAGAAACCCAAUUUCCUCGGUGAAAAAUUCCUCCUCAAAAUGACUUCAGCUAUGGACAUUACCCCUUCUGCGGGGGACGACGAAUAUGCCGUUUAUAAUUGCCUUGGAAACUUCGAAAUUGAGAAGAAAAUAGGCCGAGGACAGUUCAGUGUCGUAUACAAAGCUAGAUGCACCGCUAAUAAUCAAAUCGUCGCACUUAAAAAAAUCCAGAUUUUCGAUAUGAUGGAUGCAAAGGCAAGACAAGAUUGUAUUAAAGAGAUAGAUCUUUUAAAACAACUAAAUCACCCAAAUGUUAUCAAGUACUAUGCUUCAUUUAUUGAAAAUAAUGAGCUAAAUAUUGUAUUAGAAUUGGCAGAUGCAGGAGACCUAUCAAGAAUGAUUAAGCAUUUCAAAAAGCAAAAGAGAUUGAUUCCUGAAAGAACUGUCUGGAAAUACUUUGUUCAACUUACUGCAGCUCUUGAGCACAUGCACUCACGGAGAGUCAUGCACAGAGAUAUCAAGCCAGCAAAUGUGUUUAUUACUGCUACUGGUGUUGUGAAGCUUGGAGAUCUUGGACUUGGACGCUUUUUUAGUUCCAAGACGACCGCUGCUCACUCCUUAGUUGGGACCCCAUACUACAUGUCUCCUGAGAGAAUAAAAGAAAAUGGCUACAACUUUAAGUCAGACAUUUGGUCCCUAGGGUGUCUGCUAUAUGAGAUGGCAGCUCUACAGUCUCCUUUCUACGGGGACAAAAUGAAUCUGUAUUCCUUAUGUAAAAAGAUUGAACAGUGCGACUACCCACCCCUCCCUGCUGAGCAUUAUUCGCAACAGUUACGCCAUCUUGUCAGUCUAUGUAUAAACCCAAUUCCCGACCAGAGACCGGACAUAACUUAUAUCAAUGAAAUCGCCAAUGAAAUGCACGGGGGCUACCUCAAGCAAUAAAUUACUGCCAUCGGCACGUAGCUUAUGAAUAGCACAAGGGAGAUUCAUCCUACGAAUUUGUGAAUUUUAUUAUCUUAAUAUUAAUGUAGAUUUACAAGCAACUAUGCAUUUUUAGGGCUGUAGCCGGUCCAUUUUAUAUUGGUUAUAUUAUGGGCUGCUUGCUUUGCCCAUUGUACAUGGUAUAAAUCUCUUACAAAGUGUCUCUCCUAGCCGCCAUUUUGUCAUCCGAGCAAAAUGCGAGAAAGCAUCCAUUUCCAUCGGCUGAUUUGGAAAGCUUUUGCGAUACUUUCGAUAUCUUGAGAUUUCUUCGAAUAAUGGAUGUUACAAUUUAGGAAGAAAAUAAUGACAAAGGGUUAACUGACGAGGGCUCUUUUAUCAGCGGCAAAGAAAAAGAUGUCUUUCUGGUGAGUGACUGAAACGUAGGGUUGUUGCAUAAGCUAUUUUCAAAGUAGUAUUGCAAUAAUUUAUUUUGAGAAACGGUGUAAAAUUUUUCCGAGAAAACUGUCAUUUUCUCGAUCGUUUUUUUUUUUGCGAAGGAAUAGCUUUAAUUACUUUCAUUGUAUAAUUUAUGUAAAGAGAAAUAUCUUGUUUAUAUUAAUUCUUGUUUAUCUCGGCUUGCUUCAAAGGAAGAUUAGGCAAAAUCCGAUUGUUUGUUUUUAUUUUAAAGAAAUAAACCCAGAAGCAUUUUUAUACUAUACAGAAACAUUAAGUGAAUAUUGGGGGCACAGCCAUGCCACUACAGGUCAUUUUCUUAUGAUUUUUGAAAAUAUUGUGGGGACGUGUACCGCCCUCUGGUUACGGCCUUGUACAUGUUGCCUAAUUUUCUGACGUGUUUCAACCGCCCUCACUCCGCACGCGGCCCAGCGAGGAGAGAAACCAUUCUAGUGUUAUUUGUGGAACUGUUGAUCAAAAUAGCUCGUGAUUCAGUCUACUUCUUUUGCUCGCGUGUGACGAUCUAUCCCAAUAGAGUUAUCUCUUGAUGCCUCCAUGUGGCAAUUACUUAUAGUUGUUAUCUCCAAGGUUUCUUGUGUGGUUAUCAUCUGUAACCAUGUUUGUGUUGUUCAAAACUAACAAAGAUUGUCAUCCCAGGAAAACCAGCUUUUUCACUGGUAAAUCCUGGGUUUCCGUGGAUAAGAGUUUGCAUACGAGUGUGAACAUGAACGUGGCAUUGAAAUAAUUGAAUGGAAUAUUAACUUAUUUAUUUGUUGUGGGUGUAUAGAAUGUUGAUAAAUAUUCUCAAUAAAAUUACAAACCUGCUGUUUGA